GGACCCACAAAACAGAAUGUUGUUACUCGUGACUUUGGCAGCUGCUUUUGCCGCAGCUUCGGCGCAGAUCGACCUACGGCCGUACAACUUGACAGCGUCCAUCAUGUUUGUUACAAAUGAUCUCAACAAUGACAACCAGCUGACGCAAACAGAGUUCGACCAUGUGUUUGAAAUUUACGAUUUUAACAAGGACAAGAUCAUCGAGCGCCAUGAGUAUGUCUGUUACAUAACCAAGAGCAACUCUUUCAUGGGCAACUUAGCGCAGAGUCUGUACGACGAAUACGACAUGGAUCACGACCACCGAUUAGAAAGACACGACUUCGACAACUUCUUUAACAGGAUGGAUGAAGACAAUGACGAUGUUGUCAGCGCCUUGGAGUUUGUACGUUUCUGGGAGGUGUUAUUCGCGAGCAAGGAAAAUUUCUCUAUGCACGGUCAAAAGCACCCGCAACACAACGACAAGUACUGCCUCAGUCACGGCCAUGCCCACGGCUAGAGACGAAAACUUUGGGAGAGCAAAUAAAGAGGCCCAGAUAAAGCUCGAGUCCCAGGUUAAGGUUACAUGUACGAUCGGAUUACCCAAAAUUUAUACAACUUGUCAAUAAAACUUUGUCAAAAUUUUUUGUCAAA